CCGGGCCGGGCCGGGCCGUGCGGGGAGCUGCGCGGACCCUGCGCGCUGAUGCUGCGCGCCGGGCUCCUGCUGCUGCCGCCGCUGCCCCGCGCCCUGGGCUGGGCGGGCGCGGUGGGCAGCGGGUCCCGCCCGCGGGCCGCCCGGGGGCUGCCGCUGGGCCGUGGCCCGCCCGCGGGGGUGGCCCUGCCGCUGGGCUGCGCCCGGGGACUGCGCGGGCCGGGUAAAUUCUACCAGCACGGCACAGCGGAGGCCUCCCAGGCCACCUUGGCCAGCGUGUCUCCCGUGUUUGCCGUGAUUAAGUUUGACAAAGAGGGAAAUACUAGGUAUUUUGAAAAAAAGAAAACAGAAUUGUACCAGGAAUUGGGUCUUCAAGCUCGAGAUCUAAGAUUUCAACACCUCAUGAGCAUGGCAACUAGGAACAACAGGAUCAUCAUAAGAAUGGAGUCCCUGAAGGCUGUCAUCACACCAGAGUUUCUUCUGAUACUAGAUUAUCGUAAUUUAAAUCUGGAACACUGGCUCAUCAACGAACUCGCAUCUCAGCUGGCUGGGGAAGGUCAACUGGUUACAUACUCCCUGCCCUUUGAAUUCCGAGCCAUAGAAGCCAUCCUGCAGUACUGGAUCAGCAAACUGCAGGGGAGACUUAACACUUUGCAGCCUCAGAUCCUUGAGACACUGGAAGCUCUAGUGGACCACAAGCUUUUGUCUGUGGAUAGGAGUAAACUACACAUUCUCCUGCAAAAUGGCAAGAGCUUGUCAGAACUGGAAACAGAUCUUAAAGUUUUCAGAGAAACAAUUCUGGAGAUCUUAGAUGAAGAAGAAUUAAUAGAAGAGCUCUGUCUAUCUAAAUGGACUGAUCCACAAGUAUUUGAGGAGAGUACAUCUGGGAUUGAUCAUGCAGAGGAAAUGGAACUGCUGCUGGAGAACUAUUACAGACAAGCAGAAGAUCUUGCAAAUGAAGCUCGUGAACUCAGAGUAUUGAUUGAUGACUCAGAAAGCAUAAUCUUUAUCAACCUGGACAGCCACCGUAAUGUGAUGAUGAGACUGAACUUGCAGCUGACUAUGGGGACUUUCUCUCUCUCUCUCUUUGGACUCAUAGGAGUUGCAUUUGGCAUGAACUUGGAGUCAUCUCUUGAAGAGGACCCCAGAAUAUUUUGGCUGGUGACUGGGAUAAUGUUUCUGGGAAGUGGUCUGAUCUGGCGGCGCUUGCUUUCCUUCCUUGGGCGGCACCUAGAACCUCCACUGCCUCCUCACGUUCCUGCAGUUUUGAAAAAGUCCCAGCCAGCAGCUGGAAGAGUGGAGAUAAAGAACAACCUUAAAGCAGAAACAUUUGGGCUGAGCAGAAGCACAUUAACAAACCAAUAGGAACAGCAGGAAUGAAGAGACUUAAUUUGUUACAGGGUGGACUUUGGAUACUUCCUUUGCAUUUGUUCUUCCUUACUGAAAACAGCAAGAAUUUCUGAACUUCCUAAUUUAUUAUACAUUUUGUGCCAAAAACCUGUAGUAAGAUUUUAAUGCUCGCACACAAAAGGAGCAAAGGAAAACAGCCAUGUGCUUUCCACAGGUGUCUUGCCUCCACCCCACGUAUGUUCCAGUAGUUUAUGUAUCUCAUACAUGUACAUACUUUCAAAUUUCAAAGAAAAAGCCACCCAAAAGUGGCCUUUUUAAAGGAAAUUUUUAACACCCUGUUUAAUUGCAGAGAAUAGACUUAAGAAAGAAAAGGCAUUCCUGCAUCUCCUGUGUAGCAUCACCUCUAAAUUGGCAGUAACCAGAAAUAUGUUUCCUUAUUUUAAGUGAGCACGAACAGGCUUUGAAACGUAGCUACUUAUCUUGGGUGCACCAGAGAAGUGAGCCUGUUGAUAAUGCACACUUGAUAGUGCAUACCUACGAUCUGCCACUAUUUCAACACACAUGGAUACAGCUGCAGUUUAACAGCUCUUUUUGUUGUCACAAAGACUGAUUCCAAUGCUGAUAAAUUCAACAGACCAGUUGUUGUUUUCUCUGUAGUCAGGCUUUGCUUUCUCUUUUCUCUCCAAGAGGACAAGACAAAGCAUAGACUAGCCUGCACCACUUGUAAGUGGUGGUUAGUAAAGGGUGUGGAAGCCUGGUGUCCUGUGAUGGACUGAAGGAAGGAGUAAAGUUCUUAAGCCCAUUGUUUGUGUUUUCUCUUAGAACUUGACUCUGAGCACUGAGGGUUUAGUUCCCCACUGGUUUCUCUCAGACUGUAGAGGGAGCAUGAAAUCCUUCUAAAUCAGGUCACCGACUUUCUGGGGUUUGAUCUCUGUUUUUUAACCUCUAUAACAGACCUUGACUAGCUCCUUAGGUGCCACCAGAUGAAUCACUGUACUGGCUGUAGCUGUGAACAUUUUUACUCAGGACUAACGAGUCAAAAAUGGAAAUAAAAAGGUACAUAAAAUUA